AGGCGGGGUCAGUCUGAGGGCGGGCCUGGCAAUGGUCAGCACGAGGAGGCGGAGGUGGUUAUCUGUGCGAGAUGGACGUGGCUGAUCGCUGCCAUAGCCGCGUCUUCCUCGCUGGAAGAUGCAGCACAUAGAUGAGAGGAAAUUUGCCUUGGGGAGAGAAAAGAGAGAAAGAGAGACACACACAGAGAGAGAGAGAGAGAGAGAGAGAGAGAGAGAGAGAGAGAGAAUCUACUCCUCUAUCCCUUUCAUGUAGAGACCCGUCUAUUAUUGCCCCAGGUAUAUUCGAUUAUGGUCUCUUCUGGUCCUUAGACAGGAGGGGAAAAAACAGUACACGUGUCAGUUCACGGACAGAAGUUGUCUUCCUCCUCUAUUUGUGGUAGAGAUUGGCUUUCGUAGAGAGGAUUGUCUCUCCCUCCAUGCCCCAGGUGCACCGGAGGUGGUCAAUUUUGGCGGUGGCGGUUUAGCGUCGUCGUCUGGUUGGUACGCCAUUGCCACCACAGCGGAGACGCAAAUGCAUAGGUACUCUCGAUCCCGACGGCCCGGCGGCGGGUGGGACCACACGGGGAGAUGUCUCUCUACGUGGAAAAUUGGCGGCAAAUAACCGAGUCCGAUGACGUCAGCUCGGACGUCGGCUGGGUGACUUGCCACGUGUCCUAUCAGCCAGCGGGGCGGCUCGUUCGCUGUCAGGAUUUGCUGAUUACUCGGCUGAACGUGAGCGGAACAUGUGGCGGCGGGCAACUAACAGCUGAUGGAAGGGGCCGAGGGAAGUGGUGUCAACAACUCAUUCCAGAUACUUCGCUCGUCCGUCUUUCUUAACACUCUCUCCUCCUCCUCCUCCUCCUCCUCCUCCUCCUCCUCCUCUCUCUCUCUCUCUCUCUCUCUCUCUCUCCGUGGUUCGUUCUCUGGCUCGUUUCCUCUGUUGUCUUUUCUCUUCUCUCUCUCUCUCUCUCUCUCUCUCUCUUUUACCCCCUUAAUUUCGCCCGCCGUUUAACUUUUCUCGAUUUGGCUGCUGCUUCUCCUUGUCUAAUCUUUACCGUUCGAUUUCUUAUCCUUCAGCUAGUUGGGAUUUUUUAGAUUAAGUAAGAAGAGAGGCAAGGUGGCGGCGAGUGGCGCUUGAGCUGUGGCGUCAGAGGAAGGAGAUCCGCGGGCGAUCGAUUUCUUCUGGUCACAAUGCAGGAUACGGUGAGUCUUAUACUUCAUUUUCUUCACAAGUACAAGCUGUUCAAGGCGGAAGAGACAUUGCGAGAAGAGUAUAAGGUCAGUUAUGGCCAGAGAGACGCCCCACCAUCUCCGUCUACACCUGACGAAGAUGAAGCAACCAUCGCCGUCCUCCUUCAGUCCUUGGGGAAAUCGCCGUCGUCCUCGCUGUCCAUGCCUGUUUCUGGAAAGAGCAGUGUCGGUCUUGGGUCGUCGUCGGCUGACUUUCCUAAUUUGGAUGUAGCUCCACCACCCACUCCCCCGGGCCUAGCCGGUAGCGGACAUGUGGGCGCCUCCUCCUCUUCGACGUUCUCCGGGCCUCCCGCCCUCUCUCCUUCCGCCGCACCGUCCCCCCCUUACCCUUCCGCGGGCGUUUCAAUUAGCGACAACAGCGGCGCGUCGGCGACGGCGGCGGCGGCGACCAAGGACGGCGCGGCACGUGUCGUCAUCUCUGACGUCGUUGUAGAGUCUGAUCUUCCCCGACUGCCACCUGUCAAGCUUCGCGUAGCGGAGCUGUCGACUUCUGGCAAGUCCUUCGCUUCGUCGUCUGUUGCGCUGGAUCAGCGCAAUCUGCUCCCCGCCGCUUCGCAAACCGUCCCCCCAGCCUCCCAUCGCUCCGAUGCCUCCUCCGCCGGUCCCGUCUUCUCUCUCGGUGCGGAUUUGGACGUACCUGUUGGCCAGGUGCGACGGCACCCGCGCCCAUCUAUCAGCGAAGGUAUCGUGGAGGAUGCAAGGGAUAGGGAUAGCAUGCUGAUGUUUUCCAUCCUGGGAUCGGAUGGAGGACAGAACAACAUGGGCGCUGACCUCCAGAUAGAAUCUUCUGAGAACGUUCAGGACGAUUGGGACAGCGACCUAUACGAGGACGAAGACGACCCGGGAUACGUACGCCAGCCGGUGGAAGACGAAGCCCAUUUUUUAGCACAUGAAGUGGAUUUGCCGAGUGAUGAGGAGGGGGGAGGGGGUAGAGGUGCAGCAGCAGGAGGAGGAGGAGGAGGAGGAGCAGCAGCGGGAGGAGGAGGAGGUGGUGGUGGUGCAGCUAGAGAAUGCGAGGAGAGGGGGAGGAAGAAAGAGCAGCGGGCAAAAGAGGAGGAGGGAGAAGAUCCCUCUUUUGCUGAAGAGGACGAGGCCUACUUUUCAGGGGAAGAUUUUUACAAGCUGCAGAAUGAUGAAGACGAUGUUACGGCGGACAUAGAGGAAGUGGGAGGGGUGGGAGGGCGCUCCCGGCGAGAAGAGGAAGAAGAGGACGGAGAGGAGGAGGAGGAGGAGGAGGAGGAGGAAGAGGAAGAAGAUGAUGAUGAACGGGCAGGCGCGGAUGUUGAGAGGCAUGAGGAAGAACCGGAAAAGUCGCCUCGGUCGGGACAUUUCCGAUCGAUAACGUUAGGAGAAGAGGAGGCAUGGGGAGAUGUGAAUGCUGUUCUCGAUGUGGAGGAGGAGGUCAGAGGAGGUGGUGUAGGAGUUUCUCUUCCUCCUCCUCCUUCUCCUCCUCCUGCUCUUCCUCUUGCUGCUGCUGCUGCUGCUGCGGUUGGAGUUGUUGAUUCUUUCGAUUGGAAGCUUCCAGUUGGUGGUGACAAGGAGUAUCCUGCUGCUGGAAUGAGAGCGAAAGAGGGGGGUGGUGGGGCCGGGGAUGGUGUUGCUGUUGAUAGGAGACGGGAUAUGGCAAGGCGGGGCCGAAGUGAUGCGGAGAGAAGGAACCGCGAAAUUGACGUCGGGAUCCCGACGUCGUCGUACAGGAUGCCACGCGCCUCUCUGGACGGCGGGAGGGGAGGAGGCGGAAGAGGAACGAGUGGCGGGGGCUAUCGUCGGACCCGGGAAGCGCUGGGGAGUAGUCCGAGCAGCAGUGAGAUGGAAAUGGUCUCCGAGAACCGUUUGAUGGGUGAUGAUGAUGAUGACGAUGAUGAUGAUGAUGAUGAUGAGGAAGAAGACGAGGAGCGGGAGGAGGAGGAGGAUAUGAUCGUAAAGUGUUAUAGCUCUGGACAUAGGUCCGGUAAUGAGAGCGACGAAGGAGAGAACAAAGCCAUUCGCUUAGUGACCGGGGGCGAGAAGACUGCUGCCUCAGACCUGGGAGGACAGUCGGGAUCGGGACCCAAAGGAGGUAUUGGAGGAGGAGGAGCAAACGCAGCUGUUGUUGGUUUUGGCGGGUUCUCGUUUCCCGAGCCCUCUCCUCCAGAAGCGGGGUCUUUAGUAGAUUCAGGUGGGAAGUCGGUGUGGUCGAUCGGCGACAAUGCUUCUGAGAAAGCCAUGGACGGCGAUGAGCGCGAGAGCGGCGGCAUGAGCGGCGCUGAUGACACGCUUGCCUCUUGGAAACGAACGAGUGCCACGUCAUCGCCUCUGGUCAGUCCCCGAGGCGACAUGCCGAUGGAGUCUUAUUACGAGGGCGAAGCCGAGGAGGAGGAGGAAGGAGAAGAAGCAGAAGAGGAGGAGGAGGAGGACGAGGAGGAGGUGGACGCGCCGGAGGUCAUUGUGAAGACUAGUGGUGUGACCAAUUCGAGGGACAAUUGUGCGGACGACAUGCUGGGCAUCGACGAUGUCGAAGAGGAGGAGGAAGAAGAGGCUGCCGCCAUGCACGAGCAAUUGCAGCGCCUUAAGAAUGACGAAGAGGAAUUCGAGAUCUUUGAUCUUAAGAUUAUUCACCGCAAAAAUCGCACGGGAUUCGAAGAAGAGAAAGAUUUCCCUGUCACCAUCAACGCCGUCAUCGCCGGCCGAUAUCACGUGACCGAGUAUUUGGGCUCAGCGGCUUUCAGCAAAGCGAUUCAGGCUCACGAUUUGCACACCGGCAUGGACGUCUGUAUGAAGAUCAUCAAGAACAACAAGGAUUUCUUCGACCAGAGUCUGGAUGAAAUCAAGCUCCUCAAGUACAUCAACAAGCACGACCCGGCGGAUCAGCACCACAUCCUUCGGUUGUACGACUACUUUUAUCAUCGGGAACACCUCUUCAUAGUCUGCGAGCUGCUGCGCGCCAAUCUUUACGAGUUCCACAAGUAUAACCGCGAGUCUGGUGGUGAAGUCUACUUCACCAUGCCCCGAUUGCAGUCGAUUACUCGUCAGUGUUUAGAAGCACUCCGAUUCAUUCAUGGUUUAGGGUUAAUUCAUUGUGAUUUAAAGCCUGAGAACAUUCUUGUCAAGAGCUAUAGCCGAUGCGAAGUGAAGGUGAUUGAUCUUGGAAGCAGCUGCUUUCAGACGGAUCAUCUGUGUUCUUAUGUCCAGUCCAGAUCGUAUCGAGCGCCUGAAGUCAUCUUGGGUCUUCCCUAUGGUCAGAAGAUUGAUAUCUGGUCGUUAGGCUGCAUACUGGCGGAGCUUUGCAGCGGGAAUGUGUUGUUUCAGAACGACUCAUUGGCCACUUUGCUCGCGCGGGUGGUGGGGAUCAUCGGUCCAAUAGACGUGGAGAUGAUUGGCAAGGGUAGAGAUAGUCACAAGUACUUCACCAAAAAUCGAAUCAUCUAUGAACGCAACCCAGAGACGGGGCAGUUGGAGUACCUGAUACCCAAGAAGACGCAUCUGAGGCACCGAUUACCAAUGGCAGAUAGCGGAUUUGUGGAGUUUGUGAGCUGUUUGCUUUGUAUUAAACCUGAAAAUAGACCGACGGCGGCGGACGCUCUGAAACACCCUUGGCUGUCUUACCCUUACGAGCCCUUCAACACGACCUAAGGCAGGUUGCUAAAGGGGAGAGAGAGAGAGAGAGAGAGAGAGAGAGAGAGAGAGAGAGAGAGAGAGAGAGAGAGGUGGGUUGGGGUAUAUGUAGUGAGCGGCCUCGGAGGCGG